AUGGGAAAAAGAGGUAAAUGUGAUGAUUAUGUAAAGAUUGAAAAGACUAAUGUAGUCAAGAAAAGACUUAAUCAGAGAAAGUAUAUUAAUCAGCUUAAGAGAGAAAUUCGAUGUUUAGAACGUGCAAAUAAAACAUAUAAAACUACUGCCAUUGAAUUAGAAACAUGGAAAGAGAAUUUUAUAGAGAAUGAGAAAGAAUUAGAAGCUUACAGAAAAAUGAACAGUAAUGGGUCACUAGUGGAGAAGAAAUUGGAUUCUGUUGUGCAUGAGGAUAAGUUGAAAGGGGAAUUUCUUGUAAAUGAUGAGCAGAAUGAUUAUAAAAUCAAGUACAGCGAACUUCUUCUUCGGAUGAAACGACUAGAAGAUGAUCAAAUCCAAUGCAGUAUGAGUGAAUACCACAAGGUUGUUCAGCUUGAGACAGAGAAAAAGGAAUUGGGGAUUGGGAAUUGUGGAUUACAGGAAGAGGUGAAUGUUUGGGAGAAAGUAAUACAGGCUUGUAAAGUGAAGAGUAAUGAGCUGUCUGCUUUACUCGAUGAGAAGAAAAUGGAAUAUGUUGUGCUUGAGGAUAAAUGUAAAGAUCUAAGAUUAAGUAAACUUGUCGUCGAUGAUGAAUUGAAAAAUUAUAAAACUAAGUGUAUGGAGCUUGAAGAGCGGAUUACUCAAGUAGAAGCAGAUCAAAGAGUUAUUUGUGAAAAGGAGAAGAAGGGACAAGAACAAAAUUUAUUUUUGUUGCAUGAAAAUGGCAAGCUUGUUCAACUCAAGACAGAAAAUAGGGAAUUGGAGCUCGGGAAAUGCAGAUUACAGGAUGAGAUUAAUAAUUGGAGCAAGAAGUUUCAAGAGAUGGAAACCCAAUUUCAAGGAUUGCCAAUGAAGGUGCUUUGGAGAAAGCUAAACUGA